AUGGAUGACGUGUGUGAUUCGCAAGCCUCAGUUGAAGAAGCUAGACAGCUAAUUUCUGAUAUAGAUGAAGUCCUUGAUGCUGGUGGGUUUCGUAUAAAAGAGUGGAUUUCCAACGCCCCAUUGACGGAUAAAGAAAGCAAAGAGGAAGUAAUUCUCGGAACAAAUGAAGAGAACAACGUGCAAAAGGUUCUCGGAACAGUUUGGCAUCCACAAGAAGAUCAGUUUUCAUUUGCAGUAAAGACAAAUGAUCCUGUUAUUGAAACACCCCCUAAUGGAACAAAGUCAACAUCAGCAACGCCUACCAAGAUGACGAAACGCGUUAUCCUCAGCAAAUUAGCUGGCAUCUUUGAUCCCAUCGGGGCUGGAGCGGCGACGUUAGUGAAAGCGAAGAUUGCUAUGCAAGAGCUUUGGCAGCACGGUCUUACCUGGGAUGAAGAAAUAUCGUCUGAUUUAAAGAAAACGUGGACGGUGUUAUUCAAUGAAAUGGCGGCACUUAAUGAUGUCCGAUUUCAACGAUGUCUUACUCCGACUGGCGUCAUUGGCAAUCCAGAGCUAAUCAUAUUCUGCGAUGCAUCCCGAUUAGCCUUUGGGACUUGCUCCUAUGUUAGAUGGAAGUUGGCAGGUGGAACGUUCGGAGUUCGGUUCGUAGCGGCAAAGUCUCGGGUCGCCCCCUUAAAAGAGUUAACCAUACCCCGUCUCGAAUUGCAAGCUGCCGUACUGGCAAGUCGUCUGGCAAAGUCAAUCCAAGAAGAAACGCGAAUGAAGUUCAUACGAACAAUCUUUUUCUCCGACAGUAGAGUAACGUUAGCAUGGAUUCAAGGAAUGCCACGUGCGUACAAGCCAUUCGUCUCAUGUCGAGUCAGUGAAAUUCAGUCGAAUUCCAAUCCUGCAGAUUGGCAUCAUUGUCCCACUGCUGAAAAUGUCGCGGACGAUCUUACGAAAGGUAUUACACCAGAAGAGCUAAACGGCAGAUGGUUCAAUGGUCCGACAUUCUUAAUGCAACCAGAAGAAAAUUGGCCAAUGGAAACGGGUAUGCCAAAUCAGAACAAAGUGAACGAAGAAAGAAGAAAGGUAACGAUUACCUGCUCUGUUAACAUUGCACAGCCGAUAUUCGAUUGUCAACGCUACGCCAGGUGGAAACGAGUCGUAAGAAUUACCGCCUAUGUCCAAAGAUUCGGUCGAAAUCUGCGUAUAAAGAAAGGCAAUGGGGACACUCCACGAGAGCUUGGACCCUUAACUGGUGAAGAGCUCCAAGCUGCCAAAGAAUACUGGAUCAAGCAAGCACAAUCCAGUCUCUUCGAAAGAGUAAAGAAAGGGGAAUUAAAAACCCUCUCUCCCUACGUUGAUGACAACAAAUUGAUUCGAGUUGGAAGUCGCGUAGAUCCAUCUCUUGUUUCAUACGAGAAUGAACGACCACUCCUAUUACCUUAUGACCACCACAUAUCAAGAAUCAUCGUGCGUGAUGCCCAUGGAGUUGGCCACAACGGUGUCGCAGCCACGGUCGCAAGAACGAGAAUAAAGUAUUGGAUCAUUAAAGCCCACAGAAUUGCGAAGGUUGUCAAGAGUCGUUGCACAGUUUGCCGGGAAAUUGAAGCGAAGUUAGAAACGCAGUUAAUGGCAAAUCUACCAAAGUUUCGUUUACAGCCACACACGCCACCAUUUCUCUACUCGUCAGUCGAUUAUUUCGGACCUGUUAACGUGAAAGUUGGUCGUAAUAAAACAACCAAACAUUACGGCGUCAUAUUUACAUGUCUCAAUACGCGUGCGAUACACUGUGAACUUGCAGUAGAUGCUAGUGCCAUGGAACUUAUGCAAGUAUUACGACGAUUCUUCUCAUACCGAGGGUAUCCAAAGCUUCUUUUGUCCGACAAUGGUACUCAAAUGGUUGGAGCAAGUAAUGAGUUACAUGCUAUGAUUAAAGGAUGGGAUGCAAAGCAGCUUAAAGAGUUUUGCGCAGAUCGCAGUAUAAAAUGGCAAUUCACGACCCCGCUCGCUCCUCACCAAAAUGGAUGUACCGAGGCUAUGGUCAAAACAGUUAAAACCGCUCUCAAGAAAGCCAUUGGUGAUACAGUUCUGGCACCGUUCGAGUUAUACACAGUCCUACUAGAGAUUGCGAACCUAGUUAAUCAAAGGCCCAUUGGUCGCAUUCCCACAGAUCCGGAUGAUGGUCGUUUUUUGUGCCCUAACGAUAUCUUGCUUGGCAGAGCAACUAGCACAGUUCCUCAAGGUCCAUUUAGACAGACGAAGAACCCACGCCACAGAUUCGAAUUCUGUCAGCGAAUCGUUGAAGCAUUUUGGAAAAAAUGGUCGAGAGAUGUGUUACCUCAAUUAACCCCGCGAAAAAAGUGGAAUACAGAAUCGCGAAACGUCCGAAUUGAUGAUUACGUGGUCGUUGCAGAUACCAACGCCGUGAGAGGAAAAUGGGAAACUGGCAGAGUUAUUCAGGUGUUACCUGGACAAGACGAUUUCGUAAGAAACGUUGUUGUAAAAACGAGCAAAGGAACUUAUUCACGCCCAAUCCAUAAGAUUGCCAUCAUAUAUCCAGCCGAAGGUUAUGAAGACGAAUGA